AUGAGCUUUGACGAAAAUGACCCCUUGUUAAAAGCUUUGAAUGCUGAACAAAACGCUGUUACGGACACGGGCAACGAGAAUCCAGUUGCUGGUGGUGAAAUGGAGAAGGAGAACAAAGAUGAGCAAGGUACGAGUCUGGAAAGUGGUGAUGGCUCGAAGGAAAGUCAGUUAGAACCGAUUGAUCCCGAAAGGGAAAGGGCUCUUCUGAAGUUCAAGGAUAAGCUACUUGAGCAUAGGAAGUGGGACGCAAGAUUGAAAGAAUUACGUUUGAGCAUACGAGAUUUGGAAAAGGAUUACGAUAAAACCGAAACUGAUAUCAAGGCAUUACAGUCGGUGGGUCAGAUAAUAGGAGAGAUAUUAAAGCAAUUGGACGAUGAGCGGUUUAUUGUGAAGGCAUCUAGCGGGCCCCGUUACAUUGUUGGAUGCCGUAACACGAUCAAGAAAUCGAAUUUAAAAAAUGGUGUUCGUGUUUCGUUAGAUAUGACUACAUUGACAAUAAUGAGGAUUUUGCCAAGAGAAGUUGAUCCCUUGGUAUACAACAUGACCACUUUCGAGCCCGGAGAGAUAUCUUUCAACGGAAUUGGUGGGUUGACAGAGCAAGUGAGAGAAUUGCGAGAAGUCAUUGAGUUGCCCUUGAAGAAUCCCGAACUUUUCAUUAGAGUCGGAAUUAAACCGCCCAAAGGGGUGUUGUUAUACGGACCUCCUGGUACAGGCAAAACCUUACUAGCUAAAGCAGUUGCUGCAACUAUUGGGGCAAAUUUCAUCUUCUCACCAGCGUCGGGUAUUGUCGAUAAAUAUAUCGGAGAGAGUGCAAGGUUGAUUAGAGAAAUGUUUGCAUAUGCCAAGGAACAUGAGCCAUGUAUUAUAUUUAUGGAUGAAGUUGAUGCAAUCGGUGGACGCAGGUUCAGUGAAGGAACCUCUGCUGAUCGUGAGAUACAGCGUACCUUGAUGGAGUUGUUGAAUCAAAUGGACGGUUUCGAUACCUUGGGCCAAACAAAAAUAAUCAUGGCUACAAAUCGUCCUGAUACAUUGGAUCCAGCAUUAUUGAGGGCAGGUAGAUUGGACAGGAAAAUCGAGAUUCCGUUACCAAACGAAGCCGGCAGAUUGGAGAUAUUCAAAAUCCAUACUGCUAAAGUUUCAAAGCAAGGCGAGUUUGAUUUUGAGGCUGCAGUCAAAAUGAGUGAUGGUUUUAACGGUGCAGAUAUUAGAAAUGUCAUCACAGAGGCUGGCUUUUUUGCAAUUAGAGAUGAUCGAGAUUACAUUUUACAAAAUGAUAUCAUGAAAGCUGUAAGAAAAGUGGCUGACACUAAGAAAUUGGAAGGCAAGUUAGAUUACGAAAAAUUGUAG